GCUGAGCGAGGAGGGGGGACCCACGGUGAUGGUGAAUUUCACAGAAGACCUGAUCCAAGUGCUCAUGGACAAGAAGUCCAAUAUUAGAAAUACGGCUGUGAUUGCUCGUGUUGAUCAUGGCAAAUCAAGACUGACAGACCCCUUGGUUUGUAAAGCAGGCAUCAUUGCUUCAGCCAGAGCUGACGAAACACAAUUCACAGACACAUGGAAAGAUGAACAAGGAAGAUGUAUCACCAUCAAGUCUAUGUUUUACUGCUGCCUUGAGAUCCAACACUGUCGGCCAGGCUUUUCCAGUGUGUCUUUGAUCAGUGGAAGAUUUUGCCUGGAGAUCCUAGCGAUGCAAAUUCUCAUCCUUUGCAGGUUGUGGUUGAUAUGCAUAAAGGCAAAGGCUUGAAGGAUGGCAUUCCACCUCUAGCUAACUUCCUAGAUAAGUUGUAAUCAUAUCUGUUUCGUGUUGUGUGACACACUGCCCAGUUUUGUCCUGACACCAUUUCCUCAUAAAACCAAGGAAGAAAAUGGAAAGUUUUUAGACUAUCACAUUGAAUACACACAGUCUUAACAUAUUGUGAUUGUGGCAUAAUCACCUACUAAAAAAAAAAUAAAAAUAAUGCGUUAAUUUGGUUUACGGAA